AUGUCAGGCUUGGAGAUUUUAGGUGCUGUGGCAACCUCCAUUGCUCUAGCGGAAGCAGUGAAAGGAACGCUCAGAGCUGUCGACUUCUUGCGCCAGAACUCUGCGAUUCUCAUGAUCGAAUGCUUUAUCAUACAGGCGCAACAACAAACAGACCCAACGAUGCUAGCGCAACGGCUUCUUGGAUCAACAGAACAUCCCUUGGUCUCUUUGGCAGUAGAAGAGCUCGAGGAUGUACUGAAUGAACUCAACCAGAUCGUGGAAAAGUACUCUAACUAUCGGAAAGCGAAUGAUCCCAAGCGCUACAUCGAUAAAAUGAAGUGGUUCUCGGAAGCCACCAAGAUUGAUGAACUUCGCGAGAGAUCUCAGGCGAUAAAGUCAAACCUGCAUAUGGCCAUCACGUUUCGAGUCUCUUCCAUGGUAGAUCAUGGCAAUAUACGUCAAGAAGUUCUCUUCCACCGUGUUACGCAACAGUUAACACAUUACACAAACCAAUACCAGGAUAUCAACCAGACACUAUUCGGCGAACCUGAAACAUCUAGCUCAACAUAUUUGAGCUCUGUGGUAGCCCAGAAGCAUUGUAAUCGAGGGGUAGAAGACAGUGGUGUGAUCCAUUCACCGAGCCUAUCCAGGACAGAGACCGACGGCCAGAGCAUGCCUCUUACUACAGUUACCAGACAAGAAGCGAGCUUCGUGAAUGUGGCAACGAUCCAGUCUCAGAGCACUCGCAUGUGCAGCCUUAGCUGCCAGUGCCGCUGCCACCGCAGCAGAGAAUAUACCGGUGGCGCAUGGGCGAAAUCUCUGCUGGGAUCGUGGCUCGUCAGGUAUGAAUCCUUAGGCAAUACUUGCCAAGGCAGAUGCGCGCCGAAUCCAGGCGUCAAACUUGAGUAUCAGCUUCCAAAGUGGCUUUGGGCCGGACUUGUCUCAGUCGAAGUGUGUCAAAACCCGACGUUCAAUUUGGCAUUGCGCCCCUGCAGAGUGCUCCAGUCAAACCACGACAUUUACUAUAUGAUAGAUCAUCCUUCGAUACUACAAGAGCAUAUCCGCGAGGGUUACAGAUACUUUCCUGACGAUAAGAACGAGUCUGGUGACACUUUAUUGGAGCGCGCAAUACACAAUCGCAGUUGGGAGACCGCCAGAAUCCUGUUGGGAUUGUGGGAGAGCUUACUAACUCAACAAGGAUUACCGAGAACUGUCGGCUGCUACUUUAGGCUAAUGUAUAGUAACUCGGAACCACAAUCUGACUCGAUGGGGCUUGUCAUGGAAAAAUUCUCCUCCUACAUUCCUGAAUGGAAUGAGAUUUACAGCAAUGAUAUCCAUCUGGAGGCCAUGUACCCGGAGAGAACACGAGAGGGGAUGUCAAAGGCGCUACGAGAGCAACCGUGGGCCAUCGAUGAUUGGGAUGAUGUUGGCUACUCUCCAAUCCACUAUGCAGUGGUCGAGGGAAACUUAAAGGCACUUGAUCUCUUGAUCAAAGCCAAAGCCAACAUCAACCAGCACUGUUGUAGUGGACACACCCCUCUUAUCUACGCUACUCUUCACAGCCUUGAGAGGGUGACAGCAAGACUCCUGGAGUCUAAAGAGUGUCGGAUGAAUGUGAAUUACACGACUACUGGCGGUAUCAAUGCGCUGCAUUUUGCCGUACAAAAAGAUUCCCUGAUAAUCGUUCGCAUGUUACUUGUGGCUGGAGCGACGGCUAAACGCCAUACCAAUUCUGAGCCCAUUCUACAUGUUUUCUCAUUUUAUACCAGAUCGAGCCAAGACGAUACUGAUGAGAUGUUACAUGCUUUACUGAUGCAUGGGGCAAAUAUCGAAGAAAAAAGUGAUGACGGAGACACACCAGUCAUGACAGCUGUACAACGCAAGAACAUACUGGCACUGCGCAGCCUAGUUAGCGCAGGUGCAUCGCUGACGACCAUAAGCUCAAAUAAUCACAACAUCCUUCACUUUGCAGCUUAUAACCCUGAUGCUGAGAUGCUCAACUAUAUUGGAAAGCAGAACAUUGCUGGAGUCGAGGUGGAACAACGCAGCACUGAUGACUGCAAUCCUUUGUCCAUGUUACAUGCAAGUUGGAAUCGUCCUAGCUGGAGAAUAACUGAUUCGUACCCCCGGCCGAGCUUGGCAGAGAUGGAGGUCUUUAUCACGUUCUAUUUUGAUUUGCUGAUCCCUGACUUGAGACGUCACAUGUCGACUAUCGACAACCUUCUUCAAGCUGUAAAAGAUAGAGACGUGACUAUAGCAACCGAAAUACUGGAUCAACUCAUCGAGAGGAAAGUCAGAUGCAACCAGACAGACUUUGUGGGCUGGUAUAGGGGGCUCAAGGGAUAUGUGGUCGAUGGCGGUUGGGACUAUCUUGAAGAUGUCUUGAAGGAUGAAUAUGACGAGACAAAUGAGAAAAUUGGACGAGCGACUGUGGCGAGAGGCAAAACAAUCAAUGAUCCAGAAAUUGAGGAGUUCUUCUAG